CACAUUUCAAGCAUUAAUGUGAGGAUUUGGAUACCAUUCCCUCUCUAAAAGUUCUAAUAAUAUUGGGAGUCCCAUUCCCUAAAACCACAAGAUUAAACCCGAAGAAAGCCGCUAAGUUGGAAUUGUUUUUAGACAGCUUUGGAAUAUAUUACCAAAGGGAGAUCAAACCCAAGGGAAAGGGUUGCCAAUUGCCAAGUCCAAACAGGAAUAUCUUCUAGGCCUGGGUUUGUCUUAGAGUUUCCCUAUCUAUAUCUUUCCUUCUUAUGUAUAUAUAUACACCACUAGAUUGUGGUUAUGGCAACCCUACUAAAGAGAACAUUUGGCUCUUUCAUAUCUUCCAUUGCAUACUACUCGUACUUUAACAGCCAAGAUCAUUACCACCACCAUCACCACAACUGCGAAAGCAUCAUCAACAGGAAAAUCAAACACACCAUGCCAAGGGGUCGGCCGCUUUCACUAGAGACUGUGGAGCUCAAAGUCAGGAUGUGCUGCACUGGCUGUGAAAGAGUUGUGAAAAAUGCCAUUUUCAAGCUCAGAGGGAUUGAUUCUGUGGAUGUAGAUCUACCAAUGGAAAAGGUGAUUGUAAUCGGGUACGUUGAUCGCAACAAAGUCCUCAAGGCAGUAAGGAGGGCUGGAAAAAGGGCUGAGUUCUGGCCCUACCCCAACCCUCCAUUGUACUUCACAUCUUCAAGUGACUAUUUUAAGGACACAACCAAUGAAUUCAAAGAGAGCUACAACUACUAUAAGCAUGGCUACAAUGUUGGGGACAAACAUGGAAAUAUUCCAGUGACUCAAAGGGGAGAUGACAAAGUUAGCAACAUGUUCAAUGAUGAUAAUGUCAAUGCUUGUUGCCUUAUGUAACUCUGCUACGCAAGUAAACAAAGCUUAUGCGACGGAAAUAUAUGUGACUAAGAGAAAUAUAUAUGUAAUUCAUAUGUAGUAGAUAUGCAUGGUUUAGAUGGAGAGAGAAAAUAAAUAAAGAAUUUGUCAAUCUCCAUCGUAGUGUUGUAUAAUAUGCAGGUUUGGUUUCAUGCUGAAUAUUUGUAGGUGGGGAAACUAUCAAUGGAACAAUUCCAGGACUUGAUUGUAUGCA